CUUCAACAAUGGCUCUCUCUUCACUCUCUCCUCUCCCCAUGAAGUCUCUUGACACUUCACGAUCCUCAUCUGCCGUUUCAAGGUCUCUUUACCAUGUUCGAAGAUACCCUUUGAGGCGUUUACAGCUAAUCUCCCAUUCAAGACCAGACACAGAUUCUUCAAACUCUAGGGAAGAAGAUUGUUGCUCUGGUGGAGAAUCGAAGACGUGGAAGAAGUUCUUAUCUGGAGCGUUAGCAGCGGCUGUGAUAGUCUCGAGCUCAGGGUUUCCAGCAAUGGCAGAUCUUAACAAGUUCGAGGCGGAUAUACGUGGCGAGUUUGGGAUAGGAUCAGCUGCUCAGUUCGGUUCUGCUGAUCUCAGCAAAACAGUUCACUCCAAUGAAAAUUUCAGAAGAGCCAACUUCACUUCUGCAGACAUGAGAGAGUCUGAUUUUAGUGGUUCAACCUUUAACGGCGCCUAUCUUGAGAAAGCAGUUGCCUACAAAGCUAACUUCUCAGGUGCUGAUUUGAGUGAUACAUUGAUGGACCGGAUGGUGUUAAACGAGGCAAAUCUAACAAAUGCAAUUCUCGUACGUUCGGUUCUAACCCGGAGUGACCUCGGUGGUGCCAAGAUAGACGGCGCAGAUUUUAGUGAUGCUGUGAUUGAUCUUCUUCAAAAACAGGCUCUGUGUAAAUAUGCAAAUGGUACAAACCCAUUGACUGGAGUGAGCACAAGGAAGAGUCUUGGCUGUGGAAAUAGCAGGAGAAAUGCAUAUGGCUCGCCUUCUUCUCCUUUACUCAGUGCACCACCUCAACGUCUUCUCGGUCGUGAUGGAUUCUGCGAUGAGAAGACCGGUCUCUGUGACGCCUCGUAGUUUCAGUUUGGUUAAGAUCAUGUGUGUAUUGUAUGUUUUAAGUAUUGAAUUGUGUAAAUGACUUGAAAGAAAGAAAAAGGAAGAUGAACACUGAACAAAGGAGAUAAUGAUCACUUUUAUGCUAGUGCAAAUACAUCACAUUUAUGUUACGUGGAUCACAUUGUAAAAUGAUCUCAUAUAUAUAGAAAAAUAUGCAAGUUUACAAAUAAAUGGAACACAUUGUAAAAUGAUA